ACAUGAAGAUUCUCAACUUGGGUGUUCAAAAUGUUAAUUACUGAGGACAAGUCUCAUGUUGUUGUUGUUGACAUAGACAAUGGGUGUUGUUAUCGGAGUUCUGCCGGCGGCGAAGGGUGUUCUGACUCCGGCGACCGGUCAGAUGAGGAGCAAAGGUCAUCCCAUGAUUCUGGGACUGAGAUUGUGGGAGUUUGUGAAAAGGAGAGAGAAUCCUCUGCAUCAGAGUGUUCUGUUGAGGUGGAUCUGGAAGGUGCAGUCUCUGAGGUGAAGGUGAAUUUGGCUAAUGUGGAGAGGGAUUGUAGGAUUUGCCAUCUCAGCAUGGAUAUGACCAACCAUGAAUCUGGGACCCCCAUUGAGCUCGGAUGUUCUUGCAAGGAUGAUUUGGCUGCUGCUCACAAACACUGUGCUGAGGCUUGGUUCAAGAUCAAGGGAAACAAAACUUGUGAAAUCUGUGGAUCAAUUGCACACAAUGUUGCCGGUGCAAUUGAAGUUCAAAUGACAGAACAGUGGAAUGAGGCAAGUGAUGCUUCCAUGGUGCCACCACCAGCACCACCCGCAGAAACUCGAAGUUUCUGGCAGGGUCACCGGUUUUUGAAUUUCCUGCUAGCAUGUAUGGUCUUUGCCUUUGUUAUAUCCUGGCUUUUUCACUUUAAUGUGCCCUCUUGA